CCGCUCGCUCUCUCUAUCCCUCACCACACAGAGCAGAGACAACGCCAUGGACCGAAUGAGGCCCAAUGCCGUCAACAGCAGCCCCCUCACCCCACUGGGCUUCCUCGAGCGCACCGCCACCGUCUAUGGCGACUGCCCCUCCGUCGUCUACCACCGCACCGUCUACACCUGGUCCCAGACCCUCCGCCGCUGCCUCCGCCUCGCCUCCUCCCUCUGUUCCCUCGGAAUCUCCCGCGGCGAUGUGGUCUCGGUGCUGGCGCCAAACGUGCCGGCGUUGUACGAGAUGCACUUCGGCGUACCGAUGAGCGGCGCCGUCCUCAACACCAUCAACCUCCGCCUCGACGCCCGCACCAUCUCCGUCCUCCUCCACCACAGCGGCUCCAAGCUCGUCUUCGUUGAUCCCCUGUCCCUCCCCCUCCUCCGCGACGCCCUCCGCCUCCUCCCUCACUCCCACCAACCCCCCCGAGUGGUCCCCAUCGAAGACCCCUACGAAGAGAACGCCAAUAGCUCCGAACUUUCCGCCGCUGGUGGCGGUCUCACCUAUGAGAAAUUGAUCGGGAUGGGCGACCCGGAGUUCAAGUGGGUCCGCCCCAAUAGCGAGUGGGACCCCAUGGUCCUCAACUACACGUCCGGCACCACCUCCGCCCCCAAAGGCGUCGUCCACUGCCACCGCGGCCUCUUCAUCAUCACCGUCGACAGCCUCAUCGACUGGUCCGUCCCCAAGCGCCCGGUCUAUCUCUGGACCCUCCCCAUGUUCCACGCCAACGGCUGGAGCUUCCCCUGGGGCAUCGCCGCCUCCGGCGGCACCAACGUCUGCCUCCGCCGCUUCGACUCCGCCACCAUCUACGCCGCCCUCGCCACCCACCGCGUGACCCACAUGUGCGGCGCACCCGUCGUCCUCAACAUGCUCGCCAACGCUCCGGACUCCGCGAGACAGCCGCUCCCCGACCGGGUCCAUAUCCUCACGGCCGGCGCUCCGCCGCCGGCGGCGGUGCUCCACCGUGCGGAGGCGCUCGGCUUCUCCAUCAGCCAUGGGUACGGGCUCACUGAGACGGCGGGGCUGGCGAUAUCCUGCGCGUGGAAGGGGGAGUGGGACCGACUGCCGGCGGCGGAGCGGGCCAGACUCAAGGCUCGCCAAGGUGUUCGAACUUUGGCCAUGGCCGAGAUCGACGUCAUCGACGGGUCCACCGGUGAAAGCGUCAAGCGGGACGGCGCCACCAUGGGCGAGAUAGUCCUCCGUGGCGGGUGCGUGAUGCUCGGCUAUCUAAAAGACGAGGAGGCGACGAGCCGGGCGGUGCGGCCGGACGGAUGGUUCUACACCGGGGACGUGGGGGUCAUGCAUGCAGACGGGUACGUGGAGAUCAAGGACAGAUCCAAGGACGUGAUCAUCAGCGGCGGCGAGAAUUUGAGCUCGGUGGAGGUGGAGUCGGUGUUGUACGGCCACCCGGCGGUGAAUGAAGCGGCAGUGGUGGCGCGGCCGGACGAAUACUGGGGGGAAACGCCGUGCGCGUUUGUUAGCAUAAAGGAAGGAGUACUGGCGGCCCCACCGACGGAGAAGGAGGUGAUUGGUUGGUGCCGGGAGAGGAUGCCGCACUACAUGGUGCCCAAAACGGUGGUGUUCAAGCCGGAAUUGCCCAAGACAUCAACGGGGAAGAUUCAGAAGUAUGUGCUGAGGAAGAUGGCUAGGGCCAUGGGAUCCCCUCGGCCAAGUCGUAUGUAGGGAGUCCGUCGGUUCGACGGCGAGCUGGGGCCCUGGGAUUGAUAUCUACGUUGUGGGGUUUUGGUGCAAUAAUCUAAUGGUGAACUCAUCAGUCAUCAAAAGCUUGUACCCUCAUGUACCAAAAAAAAAGCUUGUACCCUUAAAACAAUUUGAGAUGCAGAUCUGGGAUUUUUCUUGU